UCUGGUCCACACUCCAGUUCAAUUUGUGGCAGUAAUGCAUCACUAAAGUUGGUUGCCAACCAUUUAAGAACCACUGAAGAAGAACUGUCAACGGAAGUGAAAAGUAACCAAGAACAAUAUCCACGGCAGCGUUUUUAUUGUUGUUAUAUAUACUUUUAUUAUCACCUUGCAACUCAAAAUAUUACUUAUGUAACUGCACAGCCACACAUACUUACCACAGGCAGUGUUAAAUUCGCGUUGGAGACAGGCCUUGGUUGAUAGAUGUUAUUAAGGUAACGCUAGCUAGUUGCUAACAAUGGCUAACUGUAGGCCUAUGGUUUUUCACACUCAAAUAGCCUCCAUUAUGGAGGUGCUAGCGAAUGCAGCCGUGGCAGAUAUCUGUAAACUCGUAGACGAUGACUAUGCAGUGUUUCGUUUGGAAAUAACUCAAAGCCAGAAUGAAAGCAGGGCAUUGCGGAGAAAACUACAGCUACUUGAAAUGAAGGUGGCACGGGAGCGCGCAGAGAGAACUACGCGAGAACGCGUCCUCGCCAGUGGUCCCAGUAGUGUCAAGAUCCUCGACCGAUACAAAGGAAUGACAAGAGGUGAAGGACAUCUCACUGGAGGGCACAGGAGCUUUGUGAAGCCUGCUGGACACAAUGCGUGGAGAGAUGACCAACCAAUCACUGUUGAUGAGGGGAGUGUAACCUCAACCCAGCACUUUAUUGUGAUAGAGCCUUUAUGGUGUCAGUCUGCAGAUGAAAAUGCAGCAGGUCCUGGGGUCAAGCUGGAGAGGACUGAACGAGAGAAGGACCAACGGCACCAGACUGGAGCACCGGCUGGAGUGGCGCCCUCUGUAGCCACCGAGGAUCUCACCGCUGCGCCCCAGGCCAGGACCCGACGCAGGAUCACGGAGGAGGAGGAGGGUCCAGAGGUGCUGCUGGUGAAGGAGGAGGGGUGUGAGGAGGGUCUGGGGAACCCUGAGGGGACCAUGGUCAUGGAGGACAACCAGACUACAUCUCCCCCUGAACCCACAGAGGAACCAGCUAAGCAGCACAGGACCACACACAGUCUCACUGAGUCAGUAGACAUGGAGGAUGGGAAGCCUGAUCUGCUGCUGGUCAAAGAGGAGACGAUAGAAGACGGACCAGAGAGCAUUGAUCUGCUGAGUGAACUAAAGAUGGGGGAGCAAGGUGGUUGGCUAGAGGAUAACAGAGGAGACUGGGUGGCCAUCUUGGAUACCCAGACUGCUGCAGCCAAGGGCCCAGGGGACAACAUCAAUGAGCAGGGCAGGACCAGAGGAGACAUAGUGGAGUCUGCAGUCCAUGAGGACCUGCUGAUAACUGGUGUUCCUGGCGGGAGAGACCGGACCCUUGAGGCGGCUGGUCACAAACCCUGGCCCCGGAUCAGAACCCUGGAUCAGGAGCCGUUGCUCUUCCUUCCCGAGUCUGAACCAGGACCCAACCACGAGGGACAGAGACUCCACCACCAGACAAAACAAAACCAGUGGACAGGUGGACUGAACAACCUCAGUCCUGGUGUUCAUCAGAGAGACAGAGGCUCCAGUCAGGGAUCCAGUCCGCAGCCCAGACCCUUCUCUUCACAGUCUCAGUGCAGGGAUGGAGCAGGGCCUGGGGCUGAUAGAGAUAGACCCUCCUGUUCCUAUAAUAUGAACAGAGCAGGUCAGCCUGGGCAUCAGCCUUCACAGAGAGUGGUGGGAGACCCCCCUGGGUCUAGCCUUCCACAGCUGCUUAAUUGUUACCCUACGAAUACAGACAGGGUCAGUAUGGGCAGUCACCACAACAGGUACCUAGCCUAUAACACAGCACACAAUCCCGACAACACCCAAACAAUGGCUCCAUGUCAUGAAGGGCUCUCUGGUGUCAUUGGGUCAAAACGUGGGAGCCCAAGCAUUGGGACUGACGCCGACAAGCCAUACGCCUGCCCUACGUGUGGGAAGCGAUUCGCUAAGGCGAAAUAUGUGAAGCAGCACCAGACCGUUCACACCAAGGACAGCUUCAAGUGCAAACUAUGUUACAAGAGCUUCUCCUUCCUAAGUAGCCUUAUCAGACAUAGGAAUGUCCACAAUAGGGAGAAAUCGUAGCUUGAGAUGUACACGAGGGAUGUCUGGGAACUCUAUCAAAAUAAAAAAACAGGUCUCUCAGUUGAGCAUCUGGAUAUGAUCACAUUCUCACAUGAUACAGACUUGUUGUUUGGUGUGCUGGCAUAGCCACAACACUGUCGUGUUAUUGAAGAGUAACACUAUUUCCCCUCUGAAUGCUUUUUCUUAUGUUCUAUUCAUAAAACACUUUUAUAACACCUUUUUAACAAGUCAAGUGAGAUGACCCUGAGGUCAUGCUUUCAUUGGGGAAGAGGUCCAAAAACAACCCCUUACUGUGUCCCUUUCCCCUAUUGCCCUCCCAUGGCACUGGGUAGUAGGUAGGAGUUCUCCUUAAUCAGAUAUCUUUCAUCCUCCCCUCUAUCAUCUCUCAUAUCUGUUAUAUGGCUGUAGCAAACAUUGCCACUCAAUAAUUGACUUACUCAGACACUUGGCUAUAUUAUACUGAUGUAUGUCAACUGUUAAGCUUGUGAACUCUGGGUUUUUUCUUACCUAUCAUCUAUGGUAUGGGUCUUUACAAACAGUCCUUGGCCUCAAGCUGUUUGCAGUAAAUGGCCUGAAGGCUCCAGGUCUUGUGAUGACGGGUGAAAUAAUAAACAUGAACGAAUGUAACCCUGUACUUGA